AUGAAUCCCCGUGUCGAAGAAGUCAGCGAUUCGGACAGCGAUCCGUCAGAGAUGGGCAUUGACGACGUGCCCGCUCUGAUCAAUGCCACCAACGUACCCAGCACCGGCACCUCGUCCAUGCCGCCGCAGUUGCAGUCGCAGAUGCUACAGCCGCAGUCGCCCGCCAUCAAGACGUCGACGGACCGAGAAAAGUCCAAGCACUACCAGUGUCUAUACCCCAUAUAUUUUGACAAGUCACGCACACGCGCAGAAGGCCGUCGCGUGGGCAAGGAGCUUGCCGUAGACAGCCCUCUAGCACGAGAGAUGGCCGAUGCCGCAGCCGACCUGGGGCUCCGGACCGUCUUCGAGCCCGACAAGACUCACCCGAAAGACUGGGCCAACCCGGGUAGGGUGCGUGUCCUGCUCAAACACGAAGGCAAGCUCGUCGACGACGACGUCAAGAACAAGCACCACCUCUACAUCCUCAUCGCCCAGCACCUCAAAGCCCACCCAACACAGAAGAACACGCCUUUCAGGUUACCCAUUGCAGGCCUACCUAUGCCAAAGGAGAUGCCCGAGCCAGCAGUACCAAAGGGAUGGAAGAUGAGCAAGAUCCUCCCCCUGCACUCGCCUGCCCUGACAGGUGGCGGAGUCAGCGAAAACUUCAUGCAAGACAUGAUGGCGGAGAUGAUGGGCGGUGACGGAGGCAGCGGGGCAAACAGCGGGACAGAAUCCAAGAAGAAAAUCAAGGACAAGAAGAAGAAGUGA